AUGCACCGCUACGCCCUCCUCGGCCUGCUGCCGGGCGCCCUCGGGUGCCUCAACCCCAACACCAACGCCUGUGCCAGCUACAUCAGCAACAACCAAGCGACCGCGUCUGCCUUCUGCGCGACCUUCACUCAGAGCGCCGUGACGGCCUCCACUGGUCUCCCCUCCUGGGCCUCCAACUGCGGCAACAAGCCGAGCCAGAUCUCCAAGGAGUGCUCAUGCUACUUCACCGGCGGCGCCGGCCCGGCACCGACCUCGACUAAGGCCAGCCAGCCCACCACGCUGGUGACCACGACGGCCAAGGUCACUCAGACUCCCGUCGGAGUCACCACCACGCUGCCCAAGAGCUCGGGUGCCGUGGCCACGAACAAGCCGAUCAACGUGCCCGCCGGGGAGACGUAUGACGGCGGCAUGCAAAACUUUGAUCGCUCGCCCCGAGUUUGCCAGGAUCAAAGUGAGACAGGCGAGGCUGAGGCCAUGUUUGUUCUUCAGGAUGGCGCCACUCUUUCCAACGUCAUCAUCGGACCCAACCAAGCUGAGGGUGUCCACUGCAAGGGCACUUGCACCCUGAUCAACGUCUGGUUCGAGGACGUUUGCGAAGACGCCAUCUCGCUCAAGCAACCCAGCGGCACCUCCAACAUCAUCGGCGGCGGCGCCUUCCACGCCUCGGACAAGGUAGUCCAGUUCAACGGCUUCGGGACGGUCAACAUCAAGGACUUCUACGUCAACGACUACGGCAAGCUGCUUCGCAGCUGCGGCAACUGCAGCAACAACGGCGGGGCGCGGCACGCGGUGCUCGACAACGUGGUCGCCGUCGACGGCGGCGUGCUGUGCGGCAUCAACACCAACUACGGCGACACCUGCACCGUCACCAACAGCUGCCAGGACGACGGCAAGAGCUGCGACCGCUUCACCGGCAACAACGACGGCGACGAGCCCCCCAAGAUCGGCAGCGGGCCCGACGGCAAGUUCUGCAAGGUCUCGGGCCUGACUCAGACCUGCUGA